CACAGACUUUGACAGUUGAAAGGGUUAGACCGAGAGAGAAGCACGAUGGCUUGAUUCAGAUGGAUUAUAAUGUCUUCAUUUCUGAUGCUGCUGGUUCAGUUUAAAGCAGCAGCUGGGACGUAUUCCUUCUCCACUGUCAGAGUUGGAGAUGAAGUCACUUUUUCUUGUGGAAAUGUGACAGAUGAUCAGGAUCAGUGUAACAGUACUGACUGGUUCUUCACUGGUUCAGGAAACACAGUAAUGCUGUUUGAACACGGGCAGAUUCAGGAGGAAGCCAAAGCUAAAUCAAACAGACUGAGUGUUACAGAGAAAUGUUCUCUGGUUAUAAAGAAGGUCACACUUGAGGAUGCUGGUGGCUACGUCUGCAUGCAGUUCAGAUCAGGACAACAACAUGGUGAAAGCACGGUGGUUUUUCUGAAUGCUGUUACCAUGACUGAAGAGAAGAACGAUGAUUCGGUCACCUUGAACUGCUCUGUGUCUACAUAUGAAGGGUGUUUCUACACAGUGAAGUGGAUGUAUGAGGGUGAUAAGAAUGAUGUGAAGACAACAGAGCUUGACUGUUCUGCCACUGUGACAUUUGCAACAUCUCACCUUAAUCAGAAGUCAGAGUAUUAUGAGUUAUUGAAAUGUAAAGUGACACAUUAUACCAAACGUGUGCACCUGUUCCCCUUCAGCCCUCCUCAGUCCCCAGGUGAUGAUGCAACAACUACGAAUAAAUCACCAAUGACAACAGGAAAUAAACGGACAUCAGAAGAGACAAACAACCCGACAUCUGAAAACAACAACUAUGGACCAGGUGAGAAUAUGAUGAGCUGUUUGAAAUCACUUUUGAAGUGGCUGUAUGAGGGUGAUAAGAAUGACGUGAAGACAACAGAGCUUGACUGUUCUGCCACUGUGACAUUUACAUCAUCUCACCUUAAUCAGAAGUCAGAGUAUUACGAGUUAUUGAAAUGUGAAGUGACCCAUUAUACCAAACGUGUGCACCUGUUCCCCUUCAGCCCUCCUCAGUCCCCAGGCUGGUGGAGGAUCAUUGUCAUGUCUCUGGGUUUAGCAACAUUCAUACCAAGUGUUGUGGCGGUCAACAUAUGGGCAAGAGAUAAAGGGAACAAAACACAGACGGAAGAAAACAUUGAGCAUGAUGAUGAAGAUGAAGGUGAUGGUACGGUGAACUAUGAAAACACUGCAGAGCCUUCUACCUCCGUCUGA